AUGAGAGUUGGAUUCCUGUGGCUCAUCCCUUUUUUCACUCUGACCAAGGGCACCGAUAGCUUCCUGCAGCAGAAAAAUGACAACAACAAAAUAAAAGGAGAUGUCAGUGUGGUUGAGAAAAGGCAUCCAGUCCAGGAGUAUGAGGUGUUGCUUCAGAUGACAUACAGAGAUCCUGGGGAGAAGAGAGAAUUGAAAAGAUUUCUGAAGCAUUUGAAGUCACCAUCGUCGUGCUUACAUGGGCCCAGCAAGAUCAUCAGAGUGAAGUCCACCACAUACUGCAGAAGCCUGAAGGGGUUCCCAGAGUGUGCCUGUGAAGACAGCUACACCUGGUUUCCUCCCUCCUGCCUUGAUCCCCAGAACUGCUACCUUCACACAGCUGGACCCCUCUCAAGCUGUAAUUGCCCUCUCAAAGACCUCAGCCAGAGUGUUAAUUUCUGUGAGAGAGCAAAGGUUUGGGGCACUUUUGAAAUUAUUAGAACUUUUGCCAAAGACCUUUGGAAUUCAUCUUCUGCUGUAUACGCCUACUACACAACUGAAAUUGAAAAUCAACUUAAAGAAGCGUACAGAGGAAUCGGCGGUUUUGAGUCAGUUCGGGUCACCCAAUUUCGAGAAGGAAGCAUCGUUGUUGGCUAUGAAGUGACCGGCUCCAGUGACACAGCUGAGCUCCUGUCUGCCAUGGAGCAGGUGAAGGACAAGGCACUGGUGGCCCUGAGAAGGCGGUUCUCAGUUAAAGAUGGCUCUUUUCGAGUGUUCAGGGAAGCCCAGUGUAACAGCGUCUCCUUUGGAUUCGGGUUUGAGGAUGAUGAAUACACUCUGCCCUGUAGCAGCGGCUUCACCGGAAACAUCACCAUCAGGUGCGGUCGCUCUGGGUGGCAGGUCACCAAGGAGUCCUGCGUGCUCUCUCAGCUAGAGGAACUGAAGAAGAAUUUCAGCAUGAUUGCAGGCAACAUCACAGAGGCGGAUGUGUCUUCUUUGGUGCAAAAUCUUUCUGCCAUCGUUCAGCAAAGCUCCUCCACCACAGCUGGGAACCUGGCUUCAGUGGUGUCAUUUCUGAGUGACAUUUCAUCCCUGUCACUGGCGAACUCUUUCACUGUGUCUAACUUGACUCUGAAGAAUGUCAUCAACAUAGCUGAUCAUGUUCUGAACUCAACAUCCAUAACUAAUUGGACAAUUUUAUUACAAGAAGAGAAGGAUGCCAGCUCCAAGCUGCUAGAGACACUGGAAAACAUCAGCACUCUAAUACCUCCCACUGCCUUGCCUCUUAAUUUUUCUCGAAACUUCAUCGACUGGAAAGGGACCCAAAUCCAAAGCACACAGAGCUACAACUAUCACAUUGAAAUCAUACAACAAAAUGCCUCUCUGCCCAUCCAAGGCCACGUGCUUAUUGGACCAGAGCAAUUCCAGAAAUCCCAUCCAAAGACUAUUAUCAGCAUGGCCUCAUUGACCUUUGGGAACAUUCUACCCAUUACCUCUGCAGGAAAUGCACAGAUCAAUGGACCGGUGAUAACCACACUUAUCCAAAACGAUUCUAUUAAUGAAAUUUUCCUGAACCUUUCCAAGAUAAAUGGAAACCUGAGCCAGCCUCAUUGUGUGUUUUGGGAUUUCCGUCAUUUGCAAUGGAGCAACGUAGGAUGCCAACUCGUGAAUGAAACUCCAGGCACAGUGUUGUGCCGAUGUAAGCACCUGACCUCCUUCUCCGUGCUCAUGUCUCCCUUGGUGCCCUCUUCGAUUAUCUCUGUGGUGAAAUGGAUUACAUACAUCGGACUGGGCAUCUCCAUUGCAAGUCUAAUCUUAUGCCUGCUCAUCGAGUCUCUAUUUUGGAAGCAAACCAAGAAAAGCCAAACCUCAUACACACGCCAUGUCUGCCUAGUGAACAUCGCCCUGUCCCUCUUAAUUGCUGAUGUCUGGUUUAUCGUUGCUGCCACCGUGGAUGCCGCCGUCAGCCCUUCUGGAGUCUGCAUAGCUGCCGUGUUCUUUACCCACUUUUUCUACCUUGCUUUGUUCUUCUGGAUGCUUGUGCUCGGCGCCCUGCUGGCUUAUCGCAUCAUCCUCGUGUUCCAUCACAUGGCUCUGCCUACCAUGAUGGCUAUUGGGUUCUGCCUGGGCUACGGGUGCCCUCUCCUUAUAUCCGUCAUCACCAUUGCAGCCACCCAACCUAGCAACAGCUACAAGAGAAGCAAUGUGUGCUGGCUUAACUGGUCUGAUGAGAACAAACCUCUCUUGGCGUUUGUUGUUCCUGCAUUGACUAUUGUGGCCGUGAACUUGGCUGUGGUGCUGCUGGUCCUCAGGAAGCUCUGGAGGCCAGCAGUUGGAGAAAGACUGAGUCAGGAUGACAAGGCCACUGCCAUCCGCAUGGGAAAGAGCCUCCUCAUUCUGACCCCACUUCUAGGGCUCACCUGGGGCUUUGGCAUAGGAACAAUGGUGGACAGCCAGAAUGCAGCUUGGCAUGUUCUUUUUGCUUUGCUUAAUGCUUUCCAGGGAUUUUUCAUCUUCUGUUUUGGAAUUCUCUUGGAUAAUAAGCUGCGACAACUUCUGUCUAACAAGAUGACUUUGUUAAGCUCAUGGAAGCAAGCACCAAAGCAGAACUGCUCAGAUAUAGUUACCAAGCCCAAAUGCUUAAAGCCUUUCAACAUACUCCAACACAAAGGCAUGUAUUCGCUUUCUCAUACUGGAGACUCGUCCAAUGAGAUCACAUUAACCCAGUUUUUAUCAACAGAAUAA